AUGACCAAUACUUCAGAAAUUGUGAAAUAUGCAAUUGAUGUUGGAUACCGACAUUUCGAUACAGCAUAUGUUUAUCAAAAUGAGGACGAAGUGGGCCAAGGCAUUAAAAGUAAAAUCAAGGAAGGCAAGGUGAAAAGAGAAGAAUUAUACAUAACAAGUAAACUUUGGAACACAUUUCAUCGACCGGAUUUAGUUAGAACUUCACUGCUAGAGAGCUUAGAAAAUUUGCAGUUAGAUUAUGUUGAUUUAUAUUUAAUGCAUUGGCCAAUGGCAUUCAAGGAAGGUAAAAAACUUCGACCUAUUGUUGGUAAAAAGGUGCAAUUUUCUGAUGUUGACUAUUUAGACACGUGGAAUGAAAUGGAAAAUUUAUAUCAUAACGGUUUAGCUUCGAAUAUAGGUGUAUCAAACUUUAAUUCAAACCAAUUGAAGAGAUUGUUAAAAAAUUGCAACAUUAAACCUGUUACAAAUCAGGUUGAACUUAAUCCAUAUAUAAACCAGAAAUGUUUGCAAAGGUUUUGCAAAGGUCUUAACAUCAUAACCACUGCUUAUAGUCCAUUGGGUUCACCAGCAAGAAUAUCAAAUAACCAUGGUAUGUUGCAACAUACUACAAAGCUUCUUCAGAACAAAUGGCUUAUCGAAAGAGCAAAGGAAUUAGAAAAGUCUCCUGCACAAAUUUGUUUAAGAUGGAGUUUGCAAUGCGGUAAUAUUGUCAUUCCCAAAUCAUCAAAUAAAGAACAUGUUGCUACCAAUUUUAAAGUUUUUGAUUUUGAACUAUGCCCAGAGGAUAUGGAAAAGAUUGACAAUUUAAAUAGAAAUGAACGAAUAUUUACGAUGGAAUAG